AAGUCUUCUUGAGUCUUGACCACUUACUCUUGAGUUCAUCCAAUACUAAAAAAAAUACCGUUAUAUUUCUAGGCAAUGGAAAUCUAAAGCUAGGUGGCCUAUAUUUUGAUUUCUUAAGCUAUUAAAGUCCAAAAUUAAAUUUUAUUUGGAAUCAGUCAGGUCGUUAAGAUUUAGAGCCCAAUACUUAUCUACGAACACUUGAAAAAAAAACACAUGAACGACAAAUAGUGACAAUUUACUCAUUAAUAAAAACUUAGUGAUUUUUUUUUGUAACACACAGAAAUGGUUUCUAGUCGACGGAGUUCGUAAUAAAGAAAAGGAGAGUGACUAAAAUACCAAAGUAUCCUUAACAAUCUGAUGGAACAUGCUUCUACCCAAUUUUUAUAAUAUAGACUGAAAAAAUAUCAGCGGAGUUGUGAAAACAUAUGUUAUCUUGGAUAAUAAUAAGCUUUUUCCCUUUUAGUCAAAAUCGAAACAAAUCUUACACACUACUUUGCUUGGUUUAUUGAUGGUGAUGAUGGAUGAUGGAUUCGUUGGGAUGAGACACAUGUUGACUAUUGUUUUCUUGUCUGGCUUCGCCGGAUUCAUGGAAGGCCCCGUGAUUACUGACGUCACCGUCGCCGCCGUUUGCUCUUCACCAGACGACGCAUGUUCUCUAGCUGUCUAUCUCACCGGUUUUCAACAAGUGGUACUUAAAUCUGAAUUUUUUUGUUUGUUACUUAAAGAUUGUGUUUCUUCUUUCUUUUUUGGGCUAAGUUUCUUUUUGCUGAACUCUGUCUACAUCUCUGUCUGAUGUCUUCUACAUCAUUUUUUUAUCUUCUACAUGAUUGUUAAAGAUUGUGUUUCUUCUUCUUGCCAUUUACAUCUGAUGUCUCUAAACAUGAAAUUGAGAGCCUAUUACCCAGAUAAGUUGAUUUGGUUCUUACAACCUAAGUGAUUUAAAGAAGGUUUUCUUUUGUUUUCGACAUAAAACGAUUUUUUAUUUCAAAAAAGGAACUUUUUUCCUUCCCUAAAUACUAAGUUACACAAUGCAUAAACCCAGUGUUUCUCAUUUGUUUGAACAAUGAUUGUUGUAAAACGAAUAACGUAUACUAUUUAUGAAUAUAUUCAUUGUUUCAACUGGAGUUUCUGGACUAUAAUUUCUUUUUUUUUUGUAACACAAUUUCUAACGUUUGAAAAACUCACAUUUGAGAGAUUUUUGAUGCAGGCAGCCUAAGACAAAAAGGUCAUAUAACUCAUUUUAUAUCGGCCACAAAAUUGAAAUGUGUUCAGUUUAUAAACCGAUUAUAGACAUGAUCUAGUAAGAUAAUGUGUGUUAUUAAUGAAGGCAAUAGGGUUGGGGACGAUGGUGAUGAUGCCAGUAAUUGGGAAUCUAUCAGACAGAUAUGGAAUGAGAAAUCGGCCAAAAAAACACUGAACUUUGCGGGAAUUGCCAAAAGAAACCUGUACUCGAACCUGACCAAUAAAACCCCGAUUUUUUGUUGACUUUUUUAGUUAAUUCACAAACUUACGGUUGACUAACCAAAUUAACACACCGUUAACCGACAGUUAAGACAGUGUUAACUCACCGUUAAUUACUGCCGUUUAGUGAAACUACGUCGUUUCAUUCAGUUGUUUUGUUAAACAUAAAAUCUCAAGACGACGUCGUUUUGCUUAAUUAAAAUUGUUGUUGCUUGGACUCGAACCCGUGCACUCGUGGUCGUAAGGGGGUAUUGCCACUGAGCUAGUGGACCUUUCGGAAGGUUAUCACACAUGUUUAUUUUUAUUGCUCAAAAGAUGUGUUUGAUUGCAAUCAAACAAAAUGAAACCCGUGUUUGAACGUAACCCUAAUUUCUCAAAUCGAUUUGGGGAUUUCUCUUGUAGAGAUGGUAAAGACGAAGUUCACAAGGAAUGGAAAGGAGAGAUGAGACGAAUCCUCACAAUCCGAACUCAUCAUGCGAUACUCGAAGAAGGAGAGAUGAGAAUCGAGAUUUUUAAGGACGAGAUCGAAGAGAAUCGCGAACUGGAUUUAUGAUUUCGCCCAUUUAGGGUUUAUACCAAUCGGAGGAGAAAACCGUCGUUUCUUUUUGAUUCAUUUAACUUGGAUUCAAAGAGAAUAAAAGAAACUGUGUUCGUAUAUCCAUUGCAAAGUCCACUAGCUCAGUGGCAAAAACCCCUACCAUUAAACCCGAGUGCACGAGUUCGAGUCGAUGGAACCCCAUCUUUUUAAUAAAAAAGUUAAUGUAAAACGCGUCGUUUCAUUAAUUUGUCUUUAACUCGGAUUCGAAGAAUAAAAGAUAUUGUGUUCGUAUAGCCAUUGCAAAGUCCACUAGCUCAGUGGCAAAAACCCCUACCAUUAAACCCGAGUACACGAGUUCGAGCCGUAGGAAACACAUAUUUUUAAUAACACAACUAUAUAAACGACGUCGUUUGUCUUUAAUCAGACAAAGUGAUGAAACGACGUCGUAUACUUUAACACCCAAAAUUAACGUCCGCUUAAUUAACAGUUAACUCGGUUAACGGUGUGUUUAUCUGGUCAGUCAAUCGUAAGUUUCUUAAUAAACCCGAAAAGUCAACAAAAGUUCAGGAUUUUAUUGGCUAGCCCAUAUGUCCAGGUUUCUUUUGGCAAUUCCCGCAAAGUUCAGUGUUUUUUUGGCCGAUUUCCCGAUAUGGAAUUAAAGCAGUUCUCACUUUACCCAUGUGUCUCUCAAUCCUUCCUCCUGUCAUUUUAGGGUACAGAAGGGAUACACAUUUCUUCUACAUGUCUUACAUAAUCAAGAUUCUGACCGCUUUGGUAUGCGAAGGGGCCGUGGACUGCCUUGCCUCUGCUUAUGUGGCAGAAAAUAUUCAGGGGAGAACAAGAAUAUCAGCAUUUAGUAUUUUAGCUGGUGUCAAAACAAUGUCUUCUCUUUGUGGAACGUUAGUUGCUCGAUUUCUACCCGUAGCUUUGAUUUUUAAGGUUUCAGCUAUAUCGUUUCUUGUUGCCAUGGUGUACAUGAGAAUUUUCCUAAAGGAAAGGCUAAACGAUGAUGAAAAUGGUUAUCAUCAACAAGAUGACGGUGAUAGUAAUGAUGUUACGAUGUUAGCAGAACCGCUGUUGAACAACACAACAAUUACAACUAGUGUCUUAAACAAGAAACAAUCUUCGUUAAAAGAUAUGAUGAUCUUAAUGAAAACUAGUACUAUCUUCGUUCAAGCAUUGGUUGUUACAUUCUUCAGCAGUUUCUCAGAUAGUGGAAUGCAGUCUGCUUUCUUGUAUUUUCUGAAAGCGCGUUUUGGCUUUGACAAAAACCAGUUUGCUGAUCUCAUGCUAUUGAUUACCAUCGUUGGGUCUAUCUCUCAACUGUUUGUACUGCCAAGAUUUGCUUCUACCAUUGGAGAACGUAAGCUUUUAUCAGCAGGGCUUUUUAUGGAAUUUACAAACAUGGCCGUUGUCAGCAUUUCUUGGGCACCAUGGGUUCCUUAUCUCACCACUUUGUUUGUACCUGGAGCCAUGCUUGUGAUGCCAUCAGUGUGUGGUAUUGCCUCAAGACAAGUUGGAUCCGGUGAACAGGGGAAAGUGCAAGGAUGCAUAUCUGGAGUGAAGUCCUUUGGGAAAGUCGUGGCACCAUUUGUUUUCAGUCCAUUGACAGCGUUGUUCCUCUCGAACAAUGCACCCUUCUAUUUUCCUGGAUUCAGCCUUUUAUGCAUUUCCUUGUCGUCGAUGUUCGGUUUUUUGCAGAGCCUAAUGAUAAAAGAUGUUCCACCGUCACAAUUGAACAAAGAAAUCAACAGCACCUCGAGGGAGGAAGUGUGAUUACAGGAACUUAUUAAAUAUGUAAAGAGAAGAAUGCCAAUUUAGGAUGUAGUAAUAACUCAUCAAUCAUAAAAGAAAAGAUGAAUAUCAAUAUGUAUCAUUUGAUGAAGAUAUAUAUUUAUAUAGAAUGGAGUAGAUUAGAUAUAUUUAUAGCAUGUGAUCAAGCUAUAUCUAUAUGUUGAUAUUCAAAAUAUUUGUACACAACUUUCUGUAGUCAUUUGUUUCCACUAACUUUAUCAAGUUUUCUUUUUUUGACAAA